UGGUCUUCAGCAGUCACAUGCAGACUUGACCUUGUUCUUUUCCAGAUAACCCUGGCUAUCAACAAUUAACCAGUUUCCCUAGCGUUUGCUUUCAAAUAGUUUUGCCAAUGGACCUUUUAUUGCUCCAUUUUUCUUCCUUGCUUUUGUUUUUCCAAAAUGAGUUUUCUUUCUGAAAUUCAAAGAAAGCACCGAAAAAGAUUGUUUUCUUUCUUUGUGAACAAGAACUAACUAGGACACUUCUGGGUAUAUUUGAAGGCCAGACCCUUGUCCUUAAUACAUAAAUCUUUUAUGUCAAGAAGAAAUUCUCUCAGAUGAGAAGUGAAGAGUCGGUAAUUGAAAAUCCUAAUCAAGAGGAAAUAAGUAUUCUUCGUUGCUGGAAAUGUAGAAAAUGUAUAGCAAGUUCUGGUUGCUUCAUGAAUUAUCUUGAGAAUCAAGUGAUUAAGGAUAAACAUGACUCCGUUGACGCUGGAAAUAUUUGUCAUGUGUGGCACAUGAAUAUAGAAGCCCUUCCCGAAUGGAUAAGCUGCUUAAUACAAAAAGCCCAGUGGACAGUUGGAAAACUGAAUUGCCCUUUCUGUGGGGCCCGUUUAGGGGGCUUUAAUUUUGUCAGCACUCCAAAAUGUUCCUGUGGCCAACUCACAGCUGUACAUCUCUCCAAGAGCCGGACUGAUUGUCAGCCCACAGAGGCAGGCGGGCUAACGAGACCCUCGCUGAAACACUUGUCACAUCCUGGAGCUCAGUCGGGCUGUGACAAGGAAGACUGGCUGACAGGUGGAAGCUCCAAAACCAGAAAUCACAGGCUUUUCAACAUGGCCCAGAAUAAUAAUGGCCUUGGGAGGUUAACAGACGCACUCUGCCUGGAAGUGCGAGCAACGUAUUUUGAGAUAAAGAGCGAAAAGUCCUUCUUCAGAGCAUCAGAUCCAAAAUACCAGCUUUUUGUUCCCCAGCUUGUAUCUGGCAGAUGUGCUUCAAGAGCUUUCCAUAGGAAAUCACAAAGUUUGGAUCUGAACAUCAAUGAGAAACUGGCUUUAUUACCCACUUUAUAUGAAAUACAUAGUACGGCAACUGCCUGUCCCAGGGUACAUGAAACACAGCCUACUGACCUUUCAGGCCCGCCUUUGCAGGCUGCUAAAAAUAGCUGCGCCUUUCACCAGCCCCCCAGUUUUGAUCCCAAUAUGCUACUACAAAGAUUGUCGGUGGCUCCCCACGAAGCGCAGACACAAAGAGGAAGAGACUUUCCGUGUGGUCUCGAAGCUUCCUCAGCGUGCUCUGAUCACGCCUUCCUGAUGGAUGUGCCCGCGGGCAGGAGCAUGCUGGAGACCUCGGAGGAAGAGGAGCGCCUCUCCCCUCUGGACUUCCUGCACCCCACCAGCUUUCCCCUGGGCACCAUGAGCUGCAGGCUGGACCCAAGGGAGCAAAGCAAGUUGAGGAAUCUCAGGAGGAAGCAGCGGAGGCAGGAGAGAUGGCUGCAGACGCAGGGUAAAUACUCAGGAGUGGGAUUGCUGGAUCAUAUGACGCUGAGUAACGAGAUGAGCACAGACGGCGACGCCCGCUCCGAGGAGAAGGACGGGUACAUGUGCGCCGUGUGCCUGGACGUCUACUUUAACCCGCACAUGUGCCACCCGUGCCACCACAUCUUCUGUGAGCCUUGCUUACGGACCCUGGCCAAAGACAACCCUGCGAGCACUCCCUGCCCUCUGUGCCGGACAAUUAUUUCCAGAGUCUUCUUCCAGACAGAACUGAACAAUGCCACAAAGACAUUCUUUACUAAGGAAUAUUUGAAAAUAAAACAAAGCUUUCAGAAAUCCAGCUCUGCAAAAUGGCCCCUACCAAGCUGCAAAAAAAGAUUCCAUCUUUUUGGAGGGUUCCACAGACGGGCAGCUCCAGUCACAAGGCGGCAGUUCCCCCACGGCGCGCACCGCAUGGACUACCUGCACUUCGAGGACGACGGCCGCGGGUGGCGGCUCGACCUGGACAUGGUGGUCAUCUACGUGUACUCGGUGAACUGGGUCAUUGGCUUUGUCGUGCUCUGCUUCCUCUGCUACUUCUUCUUUCCAGUUUAGGAACCGCCCCACCUCGCCACAGCUGAGCGAUCAUGAACGGCGUGAAGAGCAGCGGCUUAAACAUUUUUAAAGUGUGCUUUGAGGUUUUUACAAUGUCGCAUUAUGUAGGUUGUUGGUGUUCCAUAGGAAGUCUGAAAAUCAUGGGUUUAUUUAUGAAUGUCUUUCGGGUAACAAGCUAAGCUUUGGUCAAGAGCUAAUAUGCCGAGUACUUAGCAGCAGUGGACUAUUAAUCUCGUAGCUCUUGGUUUUGAACCUGGGACUCUAAUUUUACAAUCUCACUUUUAUACUGGUUUUGACUGCAAAGAUUGACCUUUUUUUUUCUUCCAUUUAAAAAUGAUAAAAAUACGAAAUUAUAUUAUUAUCUGAUAGAUAGCAUCUUUACUCAUAACCUUGAGUCAGGCACUACUUAUUCUUAGGCAAAUGUUGUGCAUUAAAGAUAAAACAUAUUCUCUGGGAACUAAUCAAGCAGGGUAUAUUUCAGUUUUGAUUUCCAAUUAUUUCUACUUAUGUCCCCUUCUGUUACCAAAAAUACUGAUUAUUCUUUUUGUAAAGACUCAAUAGCUUUAGUGCAACAUUUUUAAUUAUUCCAAACAACAGAGAGUUAAAUGUAAUAAGACUAACCCUCCAAUAGACACCACAGAGAGCCAUAGUAACACAUUCCAAAGUCAGGAUGGAUCACUCGAAGAAACAACAAAAUCUGACUUUUAGUAUCUCAAAGAGCAAUGCAUGUCCAAAAACGUCUUUAACUUAGUGAUUUAUUUAACUAGGAAAUUGUCAAAUAUGUUGUCAAUGUGCAAUAAAAGAGUGGAUUUUAAAUUUUUUAUUGUUGUUAAUUGAUGGAAAAAUAUAGAAUAAAAAAUUGUUGGAAAUUCCUUAAUGGAUUUAUAUAAAGAAAAACUGGUAUUUUAUUUAUAUUAUAAUAAUUUUAAUAUUUUUCCAUAUAUAAAGAAGAUAAGAUUUGAAUUAUUCCAAUGUGAGCCAGAAUUGGGGAAGGUAUCCCAGUUUCAAAAGUGAGAAAACCUAAACAAAAAAGAGAUAUCAGCUUGUUCAUUUACUUGGGUGGUUUUUUUGUGAAAUGUAGAACCAAAAUUUUGAUAACUACUAACCUAACAUUUCUAGCCUGUCAUGUCCUGUAUCUAAUAAAUCAUUGAACACAAA